ACUGACUUUAUCGUAAUGUAAAACCGACAUGUAUUCCUUAUCAUUGCAACUAGACUCGGUCAACAUAUAAAACUGCGUAAAACUGUCUAUUCGCAUUCUCUCCUUAAGGUAAAUACAAAAUGGUUAAAACGUUUUUAACAGGAUUGAUCUUGCUGUGUGGUUUAGCACAUGCCAGCGCACAGUGUCCGAACGGAUGGAAAACAUAUGAUACCAGUUGCUACUUGUUCGGACACACACCGUAUUCCUUCCAUGAAUCACAGGUGUUUUGUCUUCAUUUUGGGGCAAGUCUGGUCAACGUUGAAUCCUACUACGAAAACAUGUUUAUACGUGGGGAGUUGGUGACUCUUAAAGCUCCACAACACUGGAUGGGUCUCACAGACGAGGUGACUGAAGGCAUCUGGACAUUUUACCCGUCCGAAAAAGUUGCCACCUUCUUAGAUUGGAGCCAUCACUUGAUUGAUUGGCCGCAACCCAACGACGGCCUUCGCGGAAACUGUGCUGCAUACUUCGAGGAGCAUGACUACCACUGGGUUGAUGAGCCGUGCAGCAGGGAAUUCAAUCCAAUAUGCGAAAUGCCGGUCAACCAUCCUCAUAUUGUAGGAUAGUGCACCGUCAAAGAAAGACUCUACCAGCAAUUGAUUCUGCACCCUUUACAGUAUUUUCUGUAACCACAUUGAACGUGUACUUGUCGAUGUAUUUAUCUUCUUUAAUAAUCAGCAAAACCAAAAAUGAAAAGGGUACAAAGCUAUAAACAUACAUCAAGUCUAAACACACGUGAAUUGUUCAACCAAUGGUAAUCAAACAUAUAAUUUCCUUUCCUAUGGUUAGAUUUUACACUUUGGAAUGAAUUUUCCAUUUAAAUAUCUCGCUUCAUGAAGGUCAUGGUCCUGUAAAUCAUUAGCGAUGCGGUAAUCUAGUGUUCCGAGAUUUACAAAACCGGUAAAAAUCACGCAAAUUAUUUUAUAGAUGGGAAUUUAUUACCAGCUUGAUAAUCAUGCGUUACCAAUUUGUUCUUAACUGAAACAUGUAAUUCGCAUCGCACUAAUGCAUUUAUCCCUGCGAAGGAUUUAUCUAGAAUACAAUUUAUAUACACACUCACCUAACUGCAUCUAUUAUUUUAUUUUAAAUACCACUAUAGCAUGCAUUUCCAAACAAAGUACACCAUAACUACCAUAAUGAUUUUUAUUAAAAUAAGUACUAAGAAUCUGAGUAAAACAUGCAAUGCGUUCUUGGAAACAGACAGCAGUGCAUGCAUUUAGUAUGUAAAGCUGAUAAACAUCUCAUCUUAAUCACAAGGAUGAUCCUCUUCAAGGUAUAGACCUUUUUAGUUUGUCGUUUUCAGACAUGACCAUUUAGAGUCAACCGAGAAGACCAAAGCUAAUUCACAAUAUUAAUUUCCGAACAAUUUCUUCUUACUGAGUUCUUAUGGUUCACAGUGCUACAUAUUUGUUGUUGACGUCAACACUUUAAUAACAAAAAAUCCAAAUUGCUCGGAAAAUAUGUAUCUGAAAAGCAGAAACAAACCCAUAUUUGCAAACUGCAGCAAUUUUAGUGACACCCAAAAAUACGACUAGUAUCUUACUUUACUAUUGUUUGACAUUAAUUAAAGACGCUUUGUUGAAAACGAGUGUUUUAUACGCUAGUAUAGAGCGACAUGCAUAAUGAAGUUAAGCGUCGUAAACAAUAAGUAAUUGUGCAUUCUUGCAAAUUCGGUAUUAAUUGUUAUUGUGAUUGUUUGUAAUAGAUUUUAUUGGAUCUACGGCGAACUGUUAUGCCCUUUAUUCGUUAUCAGUAUUGAAAUGUAUUCGAUAUUAUCCCUAGUAUUUCUGUAAGAUUCAGGAGAUACAGCUGUUAAGGAAAAAUACGUAUUGUCAUGCUUAUUUGAAUGACGUCAUCCUAUGAUAGUUUUUUUAUGAAACAAAGCUCAUGGUUUCAA